AUGAGCGCGGGGGCUCCCAGUAUACCCAGAACUGCCGUCAUCCCGGCUCGCCUUCUCCGGACUUCACGACACUGCUCUAACCAAUCAUUUGAUCAGAACGGCGAGUUCAAUCCCAGAGCCGGCACUGGUGCCGGUGGUCCAUUCUCUGGAGCAACCGCAGGUGGAUUCCACGGGUUUGGCGGGGAGUUCCCUGGCGGGGGAUUCUCUGCGGAUAUAAAUUUUGAGGAUCUAUUUGGUGCUUUUACAGGAGGUGCAGGCAGGCGGGGUCGUUCGGGAGGGCCAUUCCGAUCCUCAGUAGUCGAAGGAGAUGAUAUCGAGGUACAGACGAACAUCUCUUUCAUGGAUGCUGCCAAGGGGACGACGAAGGAGAUUCAUAUCACUCCUCUUGUUCAAUGCAAAACGUGCAAUGGUGAAGGGACGAAACCGGGUAGGAAGCGAGCACAGUGCAAAACUUGCGGUGGCACAGGAUCACAGGUUCAUUUUAUUCAGGGAGGAUUCCAGAUGGCUAGUACCUGCGCCUCGUGCGGAGGCGCUGGUGUGUCGAUUCCGAGAGGCUCGGAAUGCAAUAGUUGUGGCGGCGAUGGUGUAGUCCGGGAACGCAAAACAGUGCAUGUCAACAUCCCGGGGGGUGUGGAGGAUGGCAUGCGACUGCGGGUCCCAGGUGAGGGAGACAUGCCCACAGUAGAACCCGGUACUCGAACGCAGCGUGGCGAUUUGUAUGUCUACAUCAAAGUCGCCCCUGAUUCGCGCUUCAGCAGAGCCGGUUCCGAUGUGCUAUACACGGCACAGAUUCCUCUCACCACUGCACUACUGGGUGGUGAAGUCACGGUACCAACACUAGAUGGAGAAGUCAAGGUCAAAGUGGCCACAGGAACUGGUACUGGGGAUAAAAUCACCCUGUCAGGGAUGGGGAUGCGGAAGCUUGAAGGCCGCCGCGGCCAACAGGGUGACCUCAAGGUUGAAUUCAAAGUUGCCAUGCCGAAAUACCUGAAUGCCAAUCAGCGAACGAUCCUGGAGGUACUUGCUGACGAGAUGGGCGACAAGACUGCUCGUCGGACAAUGAACAUCCACACAAACGACAAGUCCUCUUCCCCCGACUCAUCAACAACAAACAAAGACAGUGGCAGCACAUUCAGCGGCUACUCACACAAAAACGAAGGCUUCCUCAAAUCAGCGUGGCACAAACUCAUGAAUCAGCACGGCAGUGGCAGUGGUGGCGGAAGCAAUUCCACUGAAAAAUCCAAUAACGCUGACGACGGGAACAAAACUGACGAAUCGAAGAAAGCCUCCGGUUCAGGAUGA